GGGUUAGACGGCCCGGAGCCGGGAUACUCGUCCUUGCGUGUGGCUGGCGUUUUGGCCACCCUGAGGGUGUGAGGAGGGCUGGAGCUUCUCCCGGUGCCGACGGGACCAAGUUGAGCUGCAGCCGGGGCAGUAAUCGAAGGCCGGGCGCGGCAUGUCCCGCACGCCUCGGUGCGGACAGUGAAGCGCGCGGAGAGCAAGAUGGUUCGGCGCCGGGCGCCUGAGGUGUAUCGGGCCCCCUUCCCGUUGUACGCACUUCAAGUCGACCCCGGCGCGGGGCUGCUCAUCGCUGCCGGCGGAGGAGGCGCCGCCAAAACAGGCAUAAAGAAUGGCGUGCACUUUUUGCAGCUAGAGCAGAUUAAUGGUCGCCUGAGUGCCUCUUUGCUACACUCCCACGACACAGAGACACGGGCCACCAUGAACUUGGCACUGGCUGGUAAUAUCCUUGCCGCAGGGCAGGAUGCCCACUGUCAGCUCCUGCGCUUCCAGACUGAUCAACAGAAAGGCAAAAACAAGGCAGAGAAGGCAGGUUCCAAGGAGCAGGGGCCUCGACAGAGGAAAGGGACAGCCCCAGCAGAGAAGAAGUCUGGAGCUGAAACCCACCAAGAGGGGGUAGAACUCCAUGUAGAGAAUUUGCAGGCGGUGCAGACAGACUUCAGCCCUGAUCCGCUGCAGAAAGUUGUAUGCUUUAACCACGAUAAUACCCAGCUUGCCACUGGAGGGACGGAUGGCUAUAUUCGUGUCUGGAAGGUACCAAGCCUAGAGAAAGUUCUGGAGUUCAAAGCCCACGAAGGGGAGAUUGAGGACCUGGCUUUGGGUCCUGAUGGCAAGUUGGUAACUGUGGGCUGGGACCUUAAGGCCUCCGUGUGGCAGAAGGAUCAGCUGGUGACACAGCUGCACUGGCAAGAGAAUGGACCUACCUUUUCUAACACGCCUUACCGCUACCAGGCCUGCAGGUUUGGGCAAGUUCCCGACCAGCCUACCAAGCUGCGACUCUUCACGGUGCAGAUUCCCCACAAGCGUUUACGCCAGCCCCCACCUUGCUACCUCACAGCCUGGGAUGGCUCCACCUUCUUGCCACUUCGGACCAAGUCCUGUGGCCAUGAAGUCAUAUCCUGCCUUAGUGUCAGUGAAUCGGGCACCUUCCUAGGUCUGGGCACAGUCACUGGCUCUGUUGCCAUCUACAUAGCUUUCUCUCUCCAGCGCCUGUACUAUGUGAAGGAGGCUCAUGGCAUUGUGGUGACAGAUGUGGCCUUUCUACCUGAGAAGGGUCGUGGUCCAGAGCUCCUUGGACCUCAUGAAACUGCCCUGUUCUCUGUGGCUGUGGACAGUCGUUGCCAGCUUCAUCUACUGCCCUCACGGCGAAGUGUUCCUGUGUGGCUGCUGCUCUUGCUAUGUGUUGGGCUUAUUGUUACGACCAUCCUGCUGCUCCAGAGUGCCUUUCCAGGUUUUCUUUAGCCUCACUGCGCCCAGGAAUCAGGGACCUGGACACUGCCUCGGGCUAGACCAGAGUGGAAACCUGGACCCCACCUCUCACUCCAUGUCGGUCCACAGGGCAUGAGACUGAUGGGCACUGCUGUCCUUCCCUAUCAGUUUGGCUGUGGCCCUGUAUGACUCUGAGUCCUGGGAACCCUGUAUUCAUCAUCUGUGGACCCACCAGGACAAUGGUGUCUAAAGUCCAGGACACACCGCCUGCCUUCUUCCCUCUGCCUUCCUAGAGGCUCCAGAGUUGAGCUUGUCCUUCAGAAAUAGGUGGAGAUGCCCAAGAGCCGGGAGACACUGCUAUCCUUCAGUUUCCCCCGGCAUUUGCUGGGGCAAGCAUUGGCCUGGGACUUGCUGUUAGGGAAGGAAGGGGCCAAAGGAAGACCUAGGCAGUAACCUAAGGGUUCAGCUGGGUAGCGACCAGCCAGCCUGGAUGAAUAUACAGUAAGUUCCUGAGUGGUUUACCUAGUUUUGAGGAAAGGAGAAAUGAACCUCAUCCCACUUGGCAGGAAAAGAUGAUAUUUAAUAAAUGGGACAACUGAACUGAGA